CCCUAGCUCUUCACCAGAAAUUUUCCCUCCAUGUUCCCUAGCUUGUGCCUAGCCUCUUUUCACCAAGAAUAAGGUGAGAUUUAGCAUUUUCUUCCUUCUUCUAGCAAGGGUUAGAGAUUAAUAGGCUUAUGAUUCUCAAAAUCAUGAACAAAAUUUCAAAUCUGGGCUGUUGUAUCCUCCAAUUUGCUGAUCUGUUUUGGGUUGCUGUCCAUAGUAAGAAAUCACCAAAUUCCAGCACUUUUCAGUAGGAAAUCAACUAUAUUACUCAUCUUUCCAUCCUUGAUUUAAGUUGGGUUAUGUUUAAUCCUUUAGGGCUUUCAAUUUUGAGAGUGUUGCUGUGGUUCCCCUUGAUUUUGUCCUUGAUUUAGCACAACCAAAAAACUGAUUUCUUUUCUUGCUGGAAAUACUGGCAGCAUGACCUUUCUAGUGUUUUGUUUAUAAGUCUUUCUGUAGUUAUUGAAUUAAGUCCAUUUUUAAUUCUAUAGAAAGCUAAGAGAUAGCCCUACAACUUUUAUGUUGGAUGUUUAACCCAGUUAGGCUGUUUUCAUGGCAAAAAAAUCUGCUGCAAGUCUGAUUCACGCAGGUAGACUUAACUGGCAGCCCGAUCCUGUGUUAGUCUUUUGGCCAUAACUCUUUCUGUAGACAUCAGAUUAAGGUUCUAAAACACCUCAAGAACCUUGAGAUCUUGAAAUUCUUGCUUAAUGUAUAGUGACAAGGCGAGGUAGUGUGACCCAAGAUGUGAGAAACAAGGGGGAAUGACAAGCUAGAAGGCCAACCAUUGUAUUUUGGAUGUAGAUUUUGAGUUGUAGAUUAUUCUUUGUAAGCUAAAUUUUAUUUUGAAAUGUUGAUCUAAGUUUAUGCGAAUUGUUAGCAAUGAAUUUAGCAAGUUUCAAGCCUUGUGCAUUUGUGGGAUCCUCUCUCACAAGUGUACGGCGUUUGUUUCGCUCUCGAUUUUGGGGCGUGACAAUUAUUUACUUGAAUAGAUGGUCUCCUUAUAC